AUGACUCCUGAUGCAGAGGACUAUGACGAGGAGAGGGGUGAGAUCGGUGGAUACGGCGGAAACUCCAAGAAGGCUCCUAUGGAGGUGAAGUUCAACAUCGUGCAAAAGAUCGACCACAAAGGCGAGGUCAACAAGGCUCGAUACCAACCCCAGAACCCGAACAUCAUUGCGACGAUGUGCACGGACGGCAGGGUGAUGAUCUGGGACCGCUCUAAGCAUCCCAGUCUGCCUACGGGAAAUGUCAAUCCGCAGCUAGAGUUGCUGGGACAUACAAGGGAAGGCUUUGGAUUGAGCUGGAGUCCGCAUACCGCGGGCCACCUUGCUACUGGGAGUGAAGACAAGACUGUUCGUCUCUGGGAUUUGACCACGUAUACGAAGGGUAACAAGGCUCUCAAGCCGGUGCGGACAUACACCCACCAUUCCUCUAUCGUGAACGAUGUUCAACAUCAUCCUCUUCACUCCUCUCUGAUCGGCACUGUCUCCGAUGACAUCACUCUCCAGAUCAUCGAUAUUCGAGAACCGGAAGUCUCGCGGGCGGCAGCCUGUGCAGAGGGCCAGCACCGAGAUGCUAUCAAUGCGAUCGCCUUCAACCCUGCCGCAGAGACUGUCCUGGCCACGGGCUCGGCAGAUAAGACUGUAGGUCUAUGGGAUCUUCGCAACCUGAAGUCUAAAUUGCACUCGCUCGAGUGCCACAACGAAUCCGUCACCUCGCUUUCCUGGCAUCCGUUCGAAGAGGCAGUGCUGGCCAGUGCCAGUUAUGAUCGCAAGAUUAUGUUCUGGGAUCUGAGCCGUGCGGGAGAAGAACAGACGCCUGAGGACGCUCAGGAUGGACCGCCUGAACUUCUCUUCAUGCAUGGUGGCCAUACAAAUCGUAUCUCGGACUUCAGCUGGAACCUGAGUGACCCAUGGGUUCUCUGCUCUGCAGCGGAGGAUAACCUGCUCCAAGUUUGGAAGGUUUCCGAUGCCAUUGUUGGCAAGGAUCUGGAAGAUGUGCCCACUGAGGAGCUGGAGCCUUAA